AUGUCCGAACCACUCACCAAGGUCGACUCUGCCGUCCAGGGCAUUGAGGAAGUCCCGCCACCCAAGGAGCCUAAGCAUCGUAGGGCGAGCUCUAGUGCCAAUGGGGUAAUGAACAUUAACGAUCUGGAGGGCCUGGGAAUUGAGCUGAAGCUUGCCAAAGAGACGCAAGGGACGGGGUGGAAGAUCAACAAGUCGCCAUCAACGGUAGAAGAGAAAGACAUUCUCAAGAAGAUGCUCACAACACCACCUGUCAAGAAGAUUGACCUGCACUUUCCACUGGGGCUAGAGGUAACAGCACGGAACCUCAAAGGAGUCACAAUCAAGGACGCGCUGGACGCGAUCCACAAGGCAUUCAAGAAGAGGGCGGAUGAUGAGCUUGAUAAGCCAUACCUCACCGGGUUCGAGUGGGACAAGGAGGAGUCAUGGACGCGGUUGAUCGUGCACCUGCAGACAAACCCGUCGGCGCCGGUGACCAGCAGUAAGAAGAAGAAGAACAAGGGUGGUGACGAGUAG